AUGACGCAUUGUCGCAAGACCGAGGCGCAGACCCGCGCAACGUUCACGGGAUCCGUUUACGACCCGUCUCUGAGCUACGUGAGUUCGAAGUCUUGUGAACCGUUCAUCCUGCUAUUCGGGUGGCUAUAUGCGCGAAUCCCUGACGCAUACAUCCACCCCAUUCCCCCGUCUCAAACAGCUGACAUCUACCGGGGGAUGUUCAAGUUUGGCGUCUUCAACGCCGUACAGUCCAAAUGCUUUGAUACGGUGAUGCAUACAGACCAGAACAUGGUAUCGCCAACGGGCAGCGGGAAAACCGUCCUUUUUGAGCUGGCCAUUAUCCGGAUGCUCAUGCAGGCUGGUGGGAACAGCAAGUCUGUUAAGUGCAUCUAUGUAGCGCCGACGAAGGCACUCUGCUCUGAGAAAUGCAAGGACUGGAAUAAGAAGUUCGCGACUCUAGGAGUGAAUUGCUGCGAAAUGACAGGAGACACAGUUCAUUUUGGCAAGGGCGCGUGGGGUAGCGCACGAGAUGCUACUGUUAUGUAUGCAGGAGAGAAAUGGGACAGCUUGACACGUAACUGGCGUGAUCAUGAGCAGAUCCUGGCUCAGGUUCAGCUCUUCCUCGUGGACGAGGUACAUAUCCUGAACGAGUCCCGUGGGAGCACCUUGGAAGUGAUCCUCUCACGUAUGAAACUGCGUGGCUCGUCCGUCCGCUUCGUGGUCGUGUCAGCAACCGUGCCGAAUAUCGAAGAUGUUGCCUGUUGGAUUGGAGACGGCACCCUGGAUGGACCUGCCACGAUCAUGCAGUUCGGCGAGGAGUAUCGUCCGUGCAAGCUGACGAAGGUUGUGUAUGGCAUCCCCAACAAGAAGGAAACCAACGACUUUGCCUUUCAAAAAACAUUGGACUACAGGUUGUAUGGGAUCUUACAGCAACACUCUGUCAAUAAGCCGAUGUUGGUCUUCUGUUCAACGCGGAAAGGCGUACUUGGCACCGCGCAACACAUCAUGAAAGAAUACGAAGCUGCCGGAGAUAAGAAACAGACGUUGCCGUGGUCUCGCCCACCUAGGAUUGAACACACAUUCCUGGACAAAUCGUUGCAGAAGCUAGCUGCAUGCGGGAUAGGUGCCCACCACGCGGGGAUGUCCCUUGAGGACCGCCGAGCAAUCGAGGACCUAUACACUAAGAAACUCCUCAGGAUCGUGUUUGCCACCUCAACCCUUGCUGUUGGCGUUAACCUUCCCGCCCACACCGUUAUCCUUAAGGGCGUCAAGGUUUUCCAGAACAACACCAUGCAGGAGUAUUCCGAUCUAGAUAUCAUGCAGAUGAUGGGACGCGCAGGCCGACCUCAGUUCGACAAAGAAGGGGUGGCCAUCAUCCUUUGCGAGUCUGAGCUCGAAGCCAAAUACAAGGCACUCGUGCAAGGCCAGACCGUCUUGGAGAGUAGUCUCCAUCUUAACCUAUCUGAGCAUAUCAAUUCAGAGGUUGGUCUCGGGACUAUCACAGAUCUUGACACCGCAAAGAAGUGGCUGCACAAUUCAUUCCUUUACCGACGGAUCCAGAAAAACCCGAGACACUACGCCAUUGGCAAGGAUAGCAGUCAGACCUGGCAGCAGAAAGUGGACGAUAUCGUCGUGCAGAGCAUUACGAAGCUGCAAGAAGCAGGCCUAGUGACCUACUCUGACCAGGAGGAUGGGAAGUUAUGUUCCACCGAAUACGGUGAUAUCAUGAGCAAGCUCUACGUAAGGCAGUCGACGAUGAGUUUGAUACUGAAGUUGCCCGAGCGCGCUACGAUGAGGGAUAUGACCUAUAACAAGAUGCGCACUCACCACGACAUCCGCUACCAAAUCAAGAAGAUCGAAAAACCAGCAGAUAAGGUGUUCGUUCUGAUUCAAGCAAUUCUAGCUUGUAUCAACCUCUCAGAUCCUGAAUACAAGAGCGGAGACAACAAUCCCGUGCUGGAGGCUUACUCUAUCUUUCGUCAUAUUUCGCGAAUUGUGAAGGUGACAGCUGUUGUCGAAGUGGCGAUUGUUAAGAAAUCUGGCGCACACCUGAAGAAUGGGUUGGAGCUAAUGCGCUGUCUGAAUGCGAAGGCUUGGGAGGACCGGCAUUAUGUUCUCGCCGAACACGGCAUUACGACCAUCGCCGCUUUGCGGCAGCAGGAUCCGUUUCUCAUUGAUGUGUUACUGAACCGCAAGAGUCCAUUUGGGCUCAACGUCAUCGCUUCAGUUCAGCAGCUUCCUCAAUACACUCUCAGGAUCUCUGAGAACGCUUUGGUUGCCCAUAAGGCCCAGAAACCAGUUGAGGUGGAGCUGGAGGUCGAAUGUGGCCUGAUCAUCGAGACCGAUUCCGCUAAGGCGAAGAGGGGCAAGACCAGGAUGGCGGAUAUGACUGCGGUGCUUACAGUAACUUCUGAAUUGGACUUCGUUGAUUUCCGCCGUAUCCCCACGAAAGCGCUGAAGGACACCAAGACGUUCACGCUCAAUGUGAGCUUCACGAAACCCAGCCAGUCUAUCCUUGUCUAUAUCAGUUCGGACAUGCUAUUGGAAGGUCUUGACGAAGACCCUGACUUCUGGAAUAUGGCACUGGAUGACGAGGAUUCUCCGGUAGGACACCAACGCAAGCCUGAAUGCAACCACUCAUGCAAGGAUAAGACUAAAUGUCGGCACUUGUGCUGCAAAGACGGCCUCGACAAGCCUCCUCCCAUGUCCAGAAAGCGUGUCGAAGCGAUCUGCGCAGCAGCCGACGACAACCUUUCCACCGAGCUCCCAUCGCCUCCGUCUGGUCCCGUUCAGGCUAUCCGCCCCGAGGAUGUUCCCCGUCCAAAGCCGAAAGCAAAGGCCAAACCCUGCGACAGACCGGAUGCGCGUCUCAAGCAGGUGGACACCCUCCAUGCACAAACGGGCGUGCAGAAGAACCUCAAGUUGCCUGCUGGUCGGAGGAUCAAGCUUGAAGAUCACUGGGCUGCUGACUCUCGGGCAAGAAAGGGGGCUAGGUCCGACUCGGAUGUCGAGAUCGUCUCUAAGAACUCGUCUCCCGGAACACUGGCAGCUAAGCUGGAGGACUCUGACGAUGACUUGCCGGACCCUAGCGAGCUGCUCGGCGCGUACUUUGGGUCUAGUGGCCGAGGUGAUGUUGCUUCGGAUCCGUCCAGCGCGGACUACUCGAACUCUGAAGUGGACUCUCUCAUUCGAUCUGCUCAAGUGGAUGAUCGUGCGCAAACGGAAUCAUCGUGCAGCCCAGUCGAGGACCGACCUGAAUGGCUCAGAGAUGCUCUUGACACUACCGUAGACUUGGAUCACAAUCCUAUCUCCGAUGUAAUCGUCGACCAGCGUUCGACUCCCAAACCUCGCGGCUUCAAGAGGAAGUCUAGCUUUGAUCUCUCCGCGCCCCGUCAAAGCGGACCAAACGCGACGUGGAAAGUCCAGAUAUAG